CUGAAUUAUGUCCUAUGUGUUGACUCGACUCUCCGCUUCCAACAAAUGUGGAUUGGAGUCUGGAAUACAUUAAAACGAAAUCUUCAGUACGAACCAAAGGUGAGACUUUUUGGCCGGACUGAUGCGUGACGUGGGUGAAAGGACUGGAGACAGUAUGUCAGCAGAGGGGAACAGCAUGAACCCGGGGGACAGUGGCCUGAGCUCCAACUGUGCCAUUUGUGGGGACAAAGCUACAGGAAAGCACUAUGGGGCAUCCAGCUGUGAUGGUUGCAAGGGUUUCUUCAGACGCAGCAUUAGGAAGAACCAUGUAUAUUCCUGCAGGUUUAAUCGUCAGUGUGUGGUGGACAAGGACAAAAGGAACCAGUGCCGUUUUUGCAGGCUGAAUAAAUGUUUUCGAGCAGGGAUGAAGAAAGAAGCGGUACAGAACGAGAGAGACCGCAUAAGCUCCAGGAGGCACAUACACGACUCCCAGGAGCUGCCGCCCAUCACGGUGCUCGCGCAGGCGGAGUCACUGUCACAGCAGAUAGGCCUGCCCAGCCCCACGGCGUCCUCAGACGCGUCAGAGAAAAGCAUCGCCAGCAUCGCCGACGUGUGCGAGUCCAUGAAGCAACAGCUGCUGGUGCUGGUGGAGUGGGCCAAGUACAUCCCCGCCUUCGGCGAGCUGCCGCUCGAUGACCAGGUGAGUCUGUUGCGGGCACAUGCUGGGGAACACCUUUUGCUAGGAGUGGCAAAGAGAUCAAUGCCUUACAAGGACAUCCUGCUUCUUGGAAGUGGUUACGUAAUUCCCCGGAACUGUGCAGAGGCAGAGAUCAGUCGUGUGGCCAACCGUGUCCUUGACGAGCUGGUGCUGCCCUUUCAAGACAUUCAGAUCGACGACAAUGAAUACGCGGCUCUGAAAGCCAUUGUGUUCUUUGACCCAGAUGCCAAGAGCCUCCGCGACCCCUCAAAGAUCAAGAGCAUGAGGUAUCAGGUGCAGAUGAGCCUGGAGGACUACAUCAACGACCGGCAGUACGACUCGCGGGGGCGCUUCGGUGAGCUGCUGCUGCUGCUGCCCACCCUGCAGAGCAUCACCUGGCAGAUGAUCGAGCAGCUGCAGUUUGUCAAGCUCUUCGGCCUGGCCAAGAUAGACAACCUGCUGCAGGAGAUGCUGCUGGGAGGGUUACCUGCGGACUCCUCCCACCUGCACCACCCCCAGCUGGCCAAAGACCCGCUGACGGGACAGACCAUUGUCAUCAGCCCCCUGACCACUCCGGGAAACUCUGAACAGAUUGCCUCUCCCGAAACACCCACUCCGUCACCCCCACCAGGACCCGGGCCAGAGGUGUACAAAGUGGCCACCAGCCCAACGCUUCUGCUGUCCACACAGCCAGCUCCAAAUAGACAUUCUCCCGAUCCCACUCUAUGAACGUUGCCUUAAAAUGGAGGAAGUCCUGCAGUCUGAAUCUUAAGCACAGCUUUAAAUGGGACC